AUGGCAUCCUCUCUACCUUUAUUUCCUCGUUUUGUCUUCACUAUCUUUGAGCCCAUCUCACUCCUCGGAGGUUUCUUGGGCCCCUUCCUUGCUCCAGCAUUCUUUGUAUCCUCUCAAGUCGCUACGUCUCCAGAAGAAGCGCACGAUCUCCUCCCCAGCGAGCAUGUGCUAGCUCUUCAGCUCGGCAAUGCCUAUCUUCUGCUCGGGUUCCUGGGACUCUUCAUCCUCAACACCACCGACGAGCUCAAGACCGUCAAGGCGUAUCUGGCUGCUCUGUGGCUUGGCGACAUCGGCCAUAUUGCCGUGACGGCAUGGGCGAUGGGGUGGGAUGGGGUUGCGGACGUAGGCAGCUGGACGGCAGUGGCUUGGGGUAACAUUGCUGUGACGGCGGGCUUGUUUGCUGUGAGGUCGCUGUACUUUCUGGGAUGCUUUGGAGAGGGAUCGAGCGUGCGGGCAAAGAAAGAGCUAUAG